AUGACGACAAUCCACUUGAUAGACUCGGAAACAAUCAAAAAAUUGAGUGCAGGCCAAGUGGUUGUCGACUUGGAGUGUGUUGUUAAAGAACUCUUUGAGAACGCAAUGGACUCCGGCGCGACAAGCAUCUUUGUUCGCCUUCUGAAUUGUGGGCUCGAUGAAAUUACAGUUGAAGACAAUGGCUGCGGAAUACCUCCAAACAGCAUUCCACUACUUGGACAAAGACAUUGCACAUCAAAACUCCAAAACUUCGAGGAAUUAUCGAACGUGGGCACUUUUGGGUUUCGUGGAGAGGCGUUGUACAGUAUUGCAGCUAUGGCAGAGGUUGAGGUUUUGACAUGUGAUGGGACAGCAGAUGGGACACAAAUCAAUUUAGUCACGCGACAAACGAAAACAGUCCAGCGUAAGAGGGGAACGACUGUUGUAGUGAAGAAGUUGUUUGCUGAAAAUCGUAUUCGACGAGAGGAAUUCAUGAGAUCGAAAAACAAAGAUAUGGCAAAGGUUGUUACCCUUCUUCAGAGUUAUGCGCUGCUUCUCACAAACAUCAAAAUAGUCCUCACAAACAAAACAAGCAACAAGAGCGCUGUUUUAUUGCAAUCCAAUGGGAAAUCGAUGAAGGAGAAUUUGUAUACAAUGUUUUCCGGCGACGCAAAGGAUGUUUCAAUACCCCUGGAUUACCACGAGGAUGGUGUUGGGAUAGUCGGAAUGGCGUCGACAUUUACUGAUAAAGGGCGCACAACAGGCGAUCGGAUGUUUUUCUUUGUGAACCGCAGACUAAUUGAACACAAGAAGAUGCAACAAAUCGUCACAAAUCAGUGGAGGUCGCUUGGUGCCAAUUUUAAGCGGAAGUUUCCAACAGUAAUAAUGAGUAUUGUUGUCGACGAGUAUGACCCCAACGUCACACCAAACAAGAAGUCUGUUAUAUUUUGCAAUGAAGAAGUUGUGUUAAGUGCGGUGAAGAAGUGCUUUGAGAAAGUGUGGUCGAUAGAGAAGAUGGAGUUGGCGAUGCCUACUGUCUCACUUUCUGGAAUAGUCGAUCAUUCGGAAUUGUCAGACUCUCCAAGUGGGUUUGUUGUGAAGAAAGAAUACAACUUGAGUGCCCUUCCUCCUUCAACACAAAAUUUGAUACAAAAACGUCUUUCACUUGCACCUGCGAAACCCAAACCAAUGUACGCCGAUGAUAACCAAAUAGACAACGACGACGUCUUAAAAAGAGUUGAGGAAGAGCCUUCACUCAUUACAACACCACUUAAAAGAAAUGUGAAAAUCCACACGUAUACGGACAACCAAUUUUCAAGCGAAGAGGACAUUUUAGACGAUGAAGACAAAGAGAAGGAAAAUGUUGUGAUCAAAACAAAACUUUUUAAGACGGAUGAGAGGAGUCAAACCCUCACACAGAUGAAUAGACGGAAUCAAGUCCUGAAGAAUGAAAUGGAGAACGAAAUAUCAGCGAUUAAAAACGACGAUGAUUCGAUUGAGAAUUCGAUUAUGAAGAUUAGAAAGUUCGGUUCAAGGAGUCAAAGUUCAGAAGUGAGUGAAGCUGAAAACUCUCCGAAGAGGUGUGAAGUACAAAGGAGGUUAUUUGACAAUGAAAUUUCAAAGGAAGAGAUGUGGAAAGAGAAAGAUGAGUUAUUACGACUCGGCGAGGAUAGCCAUCUCAUUCAAACGCGAACUACAUUGAAGAAUAAAAACAGUGCAAAUUUGACAGUAGUUGUUCCGCAGAAAAUGGAAAUUGAAGAACACAAAGCAGAAGAUGACGAUCAAAUGAAAGAGCAAAACAGCGAAGAGAAACGUUCUGAAGAAAAUGAACUUCAAAAGAGUGUGACAAUGCCGAAAAGGAACGAAACAAAAGAAGAAAGAUCCUCUCAAAGAGCAUUAGAAGAAGUGGACAAGGGAAGUGAGGAUUCUGGUGUUGUUGUGAAAACGUCGAAAGAAGUGAUUGUUUGCAACAAGAUGUUUUAUGACCAAGCAGUGGUAACGGCUGUUGUUGAACACCUUCUUGAAACGCGAAAAGACUUUCCAAUCAGCCGACCCGAAGUUGUUGACGAUGUUGUUUUGAAUAAACAGAGAACGUUGCAAAAAAUGGAUCUGGCGCAAAUUGAGGUGAUUGGGCAGUUCAACAAAGGGUUUAUCAUCGGGAAGAAAGGCGAGGACUUGUACAUCAUCGACCAACACGCAGCAGAUGAGAUCUUCAAUUUUGAGACCCUUCUCAAAAACGACAAACUGGAAGUCCAGUCACUCAUUGCGCCAAUCAAAGUGCAACUGAGCAGUGAUGAUGAGUUGUAUGUUGAGGAAAACAUUGGGAUAUUCCCACAUUUUGGGUUUGAGGUGUUGUAUAAAGAAGAGAAUCCAGCGACUGAGCGUGUGUUGCUUUCGAAAGUGUAUUCAAGGAAAAAAGUGUGUUUUGGAGCGAAAGAGUUUCUUGAGUUGAUCACACAGUUGAGGCAAUGCCAAGACGAAUCCGGCAUGGUGAAAAGAAAACACAAAAUCUUUGCGACAGAAGCGUGUCGGAUGAGUAUUAUGGUCAGUGACACCCUCACAAGAGACCAGAUGAGAAGGAUAUUAUUGAAUCUCACGACAUUGAACAAGCCUUGGCAUUGUCCACAUGGCAGGCAAACGGUUCGACAUUUGUUUGACAUCAGAAAGGCUGGAAAUGAGUUAGCGAAGAUCUUUUGA